UCGUCCGACCAACACAAGGGUGAUAACCUCAAGUUUAAGCUUCAAAUCCUAAACAACAUAACAAGAUGUUCCGCAUUAUCGCUGUGAUCUUUGCCCUGGUUGCCAUGGCCUUCGCUGCUCCUGGUUACAUUGAGCCCUCUUACGGAGUGGUUCCCGUGGCUCACGUGGUUCCCGUGGUGAAACACGUUCCGGUGGUGAAGCAGGUUCCGGUGGUGCAGCACGUUCCCGUGGUCAAGCACGUCCCAGUGGUGCAGCAUGUCCCCGUACUGAAGUCCUACGGAGUAGCAUCCUACGGAGUGCCCGCCUAUGAACACCAGAUCUACCACGGUUGAAUACAAAACACAGACAUGAAUAAAUUCCAAGCCAAAUAAAUACGAAAUGUGUUUGCCUUAUUAGCUAACCCA